AUGGCUACGGUGGACAGUGUUAGAGAUUUCAUGAAGAUAUUGAUAUUCCGCAGUCAACAUCAGCAUCAGCAUCAGCAACAACAACAACAGCAACAACAGACGAGGGCGGGGUAA